AUGGCCACUCCUGUAGACCAAUCAAAGGGCACUCCCGAGGCUGCCACUUCUAGAACAGACACCCCAUCCUCACAACAACAACAUCAACAACAACAACAACAACAGCAACAACAACAACAGCAACAACAGCAACAACAACAACAACAACAACAACAACAACAACAACAACAACAACAACAACAACAACAACAACAACAACAACAACAACAGCAUCGCCAAGGAAAUCCAGCACAACAGUCCACGCAUGGAGGACCAGAAAUGCCCCUGAACCUAAACAGGCUAGUUCUUGAGUACCUUACUAGAAAGGGAUACCAUCAGACGGAAUCCACCCUAAGAAUUGAAUCGACAAAAAUUCCUGGCUCGCAAUCGUUUAAUCUAACAAAUGCAAAUGCAAACUACACACAACCGUCAACUGCUACCUCAGAUCGCUCAAACCUUCAAUUCCAACAGCAACAGUUUUUGGUCAAACAGAACGCCUCCAAGCAGAGACAGUUCGAUGAAGAUCCUAAGAUGUUCUCAAGAGCAUACAUACUCUACCGUUCCUGGUGUGAGAACUCCUUGGAGAUGUAUAAAUACGAACUCGAAAAGCUUUUGUUUCCAUUUUAUGUGUACUCAUUUAUUACAUUAAUUGAACGAAAUGAAACUGAUGAAGGUCAUCAGUUUCUUUUGAAAUUCAAAUCAGACCAUUUGUUGUCUCAUGAUCAAGAGAUUAAAAACUUACUUUCAAUCACUUUACCAGAUCAUCUACAUGAGAAUAACUAUGCCAACCUAUUCAUCAAUAACAAAUAUAAAGUUAAUUUAUCCAACACAUCACUUAAUCUAAUACUUGGAUUCUUAAAUGAAAAUCAAGCAAUUGGCGGCGGCAUAUUAGUCAGAUUCCUGAAUAAUAAUUUUGAGGUCCAUACACAUUCAGAGGUCACGACAUCUUCCAGUGACAAUAAUCUAAAUAAUCUAGAAGGAAUCCCUCAAAUCUAUGAGUUGAUUAAUUUGGGCUCCGACCAUGACAAUGAAAAGUUCAAGAAGUCUAAGGCUACUCUGAUAUCAGACUCGGAAAAACCUCUAAAAUUGGGGCCUUAUCCACCAGAUGAAGAAUUCACCAAAGAGCUGGAAGCUGAGUUAAAACAUAGAGACGAAAAGGCGAAAACUAACGAUGAUCAAGAACAAAAUAAUGAUGAAACUAAUAAAAAGCCUACAUUAAUAGAAGAAUAUAACGAGAAUUUUAAAGUUGAUCCUAAAAACGAAGAUUCGCCAGCCAAAGGAACCUUGCCCUUACCUCAAAAAAGUGUUUAUGAUUUAAAGCGUGCUAUCCAAGAAAUUCAAGAUUCUCGUUCAAGAAUUAAACUAACUUCUUCAUCGUAUUCCCAUCUGAAUAAUACCGGCGAUGGUUCAAGGAAUGUCUAUAUUUCACAGCCGUCGUUACCUUCUGUUUGUAUGUAUACUUUUCACAAUACAAACAACGACUUAACAUCAUUGGAAUAUCACCCAGACUCAACGAUGAUAGCCGGAGGAUUCCAAGAUUCCUUCAUUAAACUAUGGAGUAUUGAUGGUUCCCCUUUACGCUCUGUUCUUAAGAACGAUCUUUACAAUCGAGACAUUGAUUUGAACGAUGACAAUGAUAAUGGUGGUGCAAAUAGCGGAAUACCAAACAUUCUAAGUAGAAAAUUGGUGGGACACUCAGGGCCUGUGUAUGGCUUAUCAUUCUCUCCUGAUGGGAAAUAUCUUUUAUCCUCAUCGGCUGAUUCCACGGUUCGGUUGUGGUCGUUGGAUACAUAUACAGCACUAGUUUCAUAUAAAGGACAUGGUGGUGCAGGAGGUGCAGGAGGUGCAGUAUCCCCUGUUUGGGACGUUGAAUUCUCGCCAUUAGGACAUUAUUUUGCAACAGCUUCUCAUGAUCAGACUGCUAGACUCUGGUCUUGUGACCACAUUUAUCCAUUGCGUAUUUUUGCAGGUCACUUAAAUGAUGUCGAUGUUGUGAAAUUCCAUCCUAAUGGUACUUAUUUGUUCACAGGGUCAAGUGAUAAAACAGUUAGAAUGUGGGACGUUGCUCGGGCCGAAAGUGUUAGAUUAUUUGUCGGCCACACUUCACCGAUUAGUGAUAUUGCAUGUUCCCCUGAUGGGCGUUGGUUAGCUACCGCUUCUGUCAAUGAAGAGAACUAUUUGAAUACUUCAUUCGGUAUAAAUGAUUGGACAAAUAGUAUAGGUGGAGGAUUCCAGCCAAUAGGUAGUGUGCCUAACGCGGCUAAAGAGAAUACAAACGGGGGUGAUGGCAUUGGUAACAGCGGCAACAAUAAUAACAAGAAAAGUAAAGACGAUGAAAAUACUGGCGCAAAGGACGACAAAGACCUAAAGAAAAUAACAAGUACUAAUUUCACAGGUAGUGUCAUACAUAUUUGGGAUAUUGCAUCGGGUAGAAAGUUGAAAACCAUGAGAGGACAUGGAUCAGGUGGUGUUCAUUCUCUUUCAUGGAGUAGAGGUGGUGAAGUGUUGGUCAGUGGUGGAGCAGAUGGGUCUGUACGAGUCUGGGAUGCUAAAAAAGGUACUGUUGAUAUGAUUCCUGGUGCCCAGCCAGAAAGGUUCAAUGUUGGUAAUGGAAGGAGAGGUAAAGAUGAUGAGAAGAGUGUGGUGCAAAAUUAUGGAUCAAGCGAUCAUAUGGGUGUUUAUUUUACCAAAAAAACGCCUGUUUACAAAGUUGCAUUUACCAGAAGAAACUUAUGUCUUGCAGCCGGUCCGUAUAUGCCCUAA